GGCGCCGCCGGCAGUUGGGCGCGAGCGGGAAACGGAGAGAGGAAGCCGGGCAGCGUUGGGCGUGAGCCCCGGAGCCUCUCGGCCCCGCCGGAGCUCAGCCCCCGAUGCCCGAGGAAGGCGAGGGCGCCUCGGGGAGCGGCUGGCGUCGAGUCCGGGGCGCAGCGAAGCCGGGCGGCACUUUCGGAGCUUCCUCAGGACUUCGCGAAAUGUCGCCCUCCGACGCGGCAGGUAUCUAGGUGGGUCUUGUGAGCGGGAAGGCGGACCUGGCGGGCGGCGGAGUUUGUCGACAGGGCGGCCAAAAUUGGGUGAGGUGGGAAGGGCAGCGCAUUUUUCUAUGCAAUGUCGGGCAUGGCUUCCUUGCUACCACAGGCCAAGCGGGUCUCUCCCUUGUUUUUUAGGGCUUCAAAAGAAGUAGAUAUUUUCCCUUUUAAUCUGACCACUGGAAAUGCAGAAUUUGGCAGCCCAGGUUGCUUAUGGGGCAAGGCAGUUUGAGCAUAUAAUGCCCAUCCCGUGCCAACUGCCCUGGCUGCCAGUUAGUUUUGGGUCCCAAUUCAAAGUGCUGGCCUUGACCUAUAAAGACUCAAAUGGCUGAGGAUUGGAAUACAUCACAGACCGCCAAAUAAACCGACCUGCGGUCGUCACCUGAGGCCCUUCUUCGUGUGCCUCCUCCAUGAGAGGUCCGGAGGGUGCAACAUGAGAAGGGGCCUUUUCUGUGGUGGCUCCCCGUUUGUGGGGUGCUCUCCCUAUGGAGGCUCAUCUGGAGCCUUCGUUACAUAUCUGUAGGCGCCAGGCAAAAACAUUUCUCUAUAACCAGGCCUUUGGCUGAUUAACAUGCUAUGGCUUUUUAAAUGUGUGGAAGGAGAGUUAUUGAUUUGGGUUUUUUUUAUGUAUUUUGUGUUCUCGUUCUGUAUUUUUCUGAUGUGAACCACCCCGUGAUGUUCCACUGAAAGGUAGUGUACUACUACUACUACUACUACUACUACUAAUAUUCUCCCCAGCUUCCUCUCCCAGUUGAAUGGCUAAUGGUAGCUUCAGUGUAACUUGUUGAAACUGGAGAAUUGAAGGCUUAGAUCUCAGCCCUCUCCCAACACCUUUCAAUUUGGCCCCUUCCUCCAUGGCUGCUUUUAAGUCUCUCUCUCUUUUAAGUACAACAAGAUCUGAUCAUGGAUCUCUAACUAACACCACAUCUCUCACACACACCCCUCAUUUCAAGGAAUAAGGGCUGGAGAGUGAAGGUCAGAGGACAUUAAGGACAGCUUGACCUUUGGUACUUCCUCUCUCCUCCUCUUUCUCCACUUUUACAAAUUUUACAAAUUGAACACAAGAACAGCAGAAGAGCUCUGAUGGGUCAGACCCAAAGGCUUAUCUAGUCCAGCGUCCUGUUCCCACAGUGGCUAACCAGAAUCUCACAAGUAGGACUGGCCAAAACAAGGACUAGUUCACACUGAGGUUGCAAAGCUAUCUCUGAGCUGUACCAUUUCAAACCACAAGUGUGGGCUGUCUUGAAUUAAUGUUCCUUUGUACUUAAAAAGAGAAAUAAUCUCCGCAUCGAAAUCUAGAUGCCAGAAGUGAGGAUUAUGAUGGUGUUUUCAGGCAUGUCAGCCUCUGCUUGCAGUGUGAAAUGGGACACAGCUUUACCAACUCUGUGAGGUCUCAACACUGAUAGGAAGCAAGGGGGCCUUGUGAAAAGAAAGAAAUAACUUUGCUGCGCAAAUGGGGCUGAAUAUGCCUCGAGGCUAAUAAAACAGUUGGCUAUGGCAACCGCUGCUUGUGUGUCUUUUUGUAUAAAGGUUGAUUCAACUGCGGCUCAAAUAUAAUCUCCAUGUAGGCAAAGAUGUGUUCACUGUUACAGUGUACAGGCCACCGGUUGUAUUUGACCUAGUGUUUGGUGGUUGUGGUUAUUUUGGUCACGUGUACAUGGAUUUGGAAGUGACUCACCAGAUGAGCAUAUGCUUUACAUGUAAGUAUUAUGACUGAAGUUUAGCCCCUGACACUGCUGGAGUUUAGCUCAAGACACCGCAUAGAUGGGAAAAGCUUUAAAAGGAUGUUAGGUAAUGCAGCCGCAAGGGUCUGCUCUGUGAGACUUGGAUAAUCAUUGCCCAGUGUAUUCCUAAAUAACAUUUUCAUCCUGCAGUUCCAAGGAGCUCAGGGAGGCAUACAUGUUCCUCUUGCCUAAACCUAAAAGUUUAGGUUAAAAAUUCGGGAACUUCAACUGACUCAGGGUGUUUCAUGGCUGAGUAGUGAUUUGAAGCCAAGUGUCAUCAUUCCAAUUAUCUACAGACUUUACUGAGCUAAAUGGAUCAGUACCUCUAAACCUCUAAACUGCCCACAGUUUGGUUUGUGCAUGUAACAAAUACUGAGAGGUGAGCAAAAACUUCUGCUUUUGAUGGGAAGGCAGUGCUGUAGCUUCCCUCAAGCCUAUGUGCACAACCGCAGGUCUGUUUAUGUUGCCUUUUAAUUGUCCCAUUUGCUGCAUGGGUGGCGCUGUGGUUUAAACCACUGAGCCUAGGGCUUGCCGAUCGGAAGGUCGGUGGUUCAAAUCCCCAAGACGGGGUGAGCUGUCCCAGCUCCUGUCAACCUAGCAGUUCGGAAACACGUCAGAGUGCAAGUAGAUAAAUAGGUACCACUCUGGUGGGAAAGGUAAAUGGUGUUUCCAUUCGCUGCUCUGAUUUCGUCAGAAGCGGCUUAGUCAUGCUGGCCACAUGACCCGGAAAAACUGUCUGCGGACAAAAAUCGGCUCCCUCGGCCAGUAAAGCGAGAUGAGCGCCGCAACACCAGAGUCGUUCACGACUGGACUUAACUGUCAGGGAUCCUUUACCUUUUAAAGCCUCAUUUGGCACCUUUGUGAUGGUGUAAGGUAAAGGUAAAGGUACCCCUGCCCGUACGGGCCAGUCUUGACAGACUCUAGGGUUGUGCCCUCACCUCACUCUAGAGGCCGGGAGCCAGCGCUGUCCGCAGACACUUCCGGGUCACGUGGCCAGCGUGACAAGCUGCAUCUGGCGAGCCAGCGCAGCACACAGAACGCCGUUUACCUUCCCGCUAGUAAGCGGUCCCUAUUUAUCUACUUGCACCCGGGGGUGCUUUCGAACUGCUAGGUUGGCAGGCGCUGGGACCGAGCGACGGGAGCGCACCCCGCCGCGGGGAUUCGAACCGCCGACCUUUCGAUCGGCAACUCCUAGGCGCUGAGGCUUUUACCCACAGUGAUGGUGUAGUGAAGGACCAAGUUUUGUGAGGUGCGUACUUUACUGCAUGCCCAUCUCUUCCGGCAGCUAUUCAGUCUACAUUCCAUUACAAUACUGUUGCUUGUCUGAAUAUAACUCUUUUAAUAGAAGUGUUUGUGCCAUGCAAAGACAUCACAGGGUGACGGAAGAUGAUUGUGGCCAUCCCUGCCCAGGGCACUUGCUGUUGUGAUGCUGAUGGCAGGGGAGACCUCAGUUCAGAUCCCCAGAACAAUGAAACUCACUGGUGACCUUGGGCCAGUCAUUAACCUACUUCACAGGAUUGUUGUACGGAUAAAAUGGGGGGGGGGGGCGCUAGUAUGUUAAUUGACUUGAGCUCUAUGGAGAAAAGGCAGGAUUCAAAUGAAAUAAAUAAACAUCCACUUCCAGUUUGGGGAGGUUCUGUGGAUAAUACGUAAAGACGUCUGGAUUCAUUUUUGAACUAACUGAUCCAGCUGUCUCCCUUUCCACUAGUAGCAGCAGAAGCUCAAAAGUAAACUCUUCCAUCCUUUAAAAUACGUUAUUAGUGAGGGAAAGGGAGAAGUUGGGAGGGAAGAGUUCAGCUCUGAAGGGUGAGAAACGGCCCUUCUGCCUUGAGCUCUGGCACUGUAACUGUCUUUGGUGCUGAGAUUAGGCCUGCUUCACAAUGGGAUGUUUAUUCUCUGUUGGACAGGAUCAGCGGCUACACACCCCUUUUAUAUUCUGCUCACGGCCGUGGGGCAAGAUUGCUAUCUAAAAUCAACUCCUGUGUCAGUAGGGUUAACUUUUAAAAGCUAGUUGUACAGAAAACUAAGUCGUAGCGUAGUUAUUCUCUGAUCUAUAUGCCUUUGUAAAGGAGAAGGGGUCCUGUGAGCCUUGUGUUUGUAUGCCUUUGGAAAAAUGCAUAUUCAAAACACCAUUAAAUGGAACAAGAUUUCACUUCAGAAACAUUUCGAUCAUUUACAUAGGAGGAAAUGAAAGUUGCAGCACAUUUGCAUACUGACAUUCAAAACCUUUUAAUCAUUGAUGGCACACUAAGCUCCACCUUCUCCCUCCUGUAGCCUGGAAAGUGAAUAUAUUACCCUCAUUUAAUUUUAUGAUAUAUUAACAUGUUGUCUUCCCUUCUGUGCUGGGAGCAUUAUCUCUCUCCCCCACCCCCCUCUGUUUCCCCUUGCCUCCAGAGAUCAAGAAAUAGCUUUUAUCUCAACACUACUUUUUCACGUUUUGCUGCAAAAGUGAACUAACAUUGUUGCGCCUGAAAUAAUCAGAACGAAACAGGUGCCUUUUCAUAAAAUUACCAUUGCAAAUGUGUCCCAUUCCACUCUUUUAACCACUCUUGUGCAGUAGGCAUCUGCUGAGAAGUGAAAAAUAAAUCUGUAAAGACACUUGAGAUUUUAUGCCAGUGCUUUCUGCCUUGCUGAAAGACAGAAGCCGGGUAAAUGACUACACUUUGCUCCCCCCCUUUUACAUUAUUUUACAACAGAAAUAAUGGAAUUCUGCUCUUUUAUUAAACAAUACUACGCAAGAAUCACAACAGGGAGGAGCGACCUGUGGCUCUCCGGGUGUUGUUUGAUUUCAACUCCCAAGAGCCUCAACCAACAGCCAGGGAUCAUGGGAGUUGUAUUCCAACAACAUCUGCUUCCCAACCUCUAUGUUACAGAAUUAUUUUAAGCCGGUUUGUAUUCUUCCUCUGCCACCAGUUUCAGGGCAGUUAACAACCACAUAGUACAGCUGUAAUUCCCACUUCAUUGGAACCUAUUUUCAUAUAAUGUGUUCCAGUUUGUAUUCCUUAUAUGCUGAGCACCAUUAAUUCAUAGUCCAAUUCUGAAGUUCAUAUGGCCCAAAUAGGCACAUCAACUCCACCGACUUUCUGAGAAAAUGGCAAUCUUUUGACAAUCUCCACCCUAGUUGGCAUUUGCAUUGAGACCACCCUUUACACCAGAAUCCUCUUCCACAAAGAUGGAACUACAUGGCUACCAAAGUUGGCCGCUUUGUACUUACCCAUAAUUACUUCCGCUUUGAGGAAAACAUGUGUAUUCAGAUUGAUGGUGCUGGCAUGAGUACCUGCUUGGCUCCACAGUGUGCUAGCAUCUUGAAGACUCACUUAAAACAAUGCUUUCUCAACUCCUAUUCCCAAAAGCCUCUCUUCUAUGUGAAAUACGCUGAUGGCAUCUUUGUCAUACGGACUCAUGGACAGUACGAACUUGCCACUACACUGGGUUGUUCCAGUGUUCAUUAUCCUCAGAGUAGGCUUAUUGAAAUGAAUGGACAUAGAAUAAUAGAAUUGUCUAACUUAGGUCCAUUAAUUUCCAUGGAUUUGAGUAGAACUUAGUUGGAUACAGCCCAGUAACUUGCCCGUCCACUAUCAACAUUAGACUACAAUCUAUGCAAGAGGUAUAUUUUUGUAUACUACUGUACAACUGCACAAUGGACACAUUAGAACCAUGUUUCAUAGGAAGUGUUGGUUGCUAAAUGUGCUUUCAUGCCUCCAGCUUCCACCCAGGACAUACCAUGAGUCCAUUGUCUACAGCUAAGCCCUAUGAUACAACCACAUCUGUUCAGGGUCAUCAGACAGACUACUUAAGAAUUUCAUUUGAGACUACGAUACCUACACAAUGAAGUAAAAUAAUGCAUCAACAAGGCCAUAAUGGUACCCAGGAACAAUCUACAGGGCAGGCUUAGAAGAGAAAAUGACAGGCCACCGCUUGCUGUCACUUAUUUCUCAGCUGAGAGCCCUUCCUGGACAAUGGCACUUCCCUGUCACAGGCCUUGGAAGUCACUGGCUUGUAGUUGCUUCCAGACAGCACCCAACCUAAAACUCUGCAUCAGCAACAACCAGCUAACAAAAUUUUGGGCACAGGAAACAGAUCCUGUGACAGAGCCAGGUACCUAAUCUGCCCCACCCCAUGUCCAUUCUGGCAUGCUUUUACAAGACUUGAUAAUGUAAUCCAAAGUAUCAUGGGCUCAUUCAUCCUCUAUUCCAAUGUGAUUUAUGCUAUCAUCUGUUAACAAUGCCCUACUGCAUUCUGUUUAGUGGUGUAAAUUUUCCAGCAUAAAAUACCUUAUGCAAAUUAGGGGAAAUGUUCAGUUUGCUUAGAGAAAUUUGCUGAUGACCUGGAGAGUGACUUAAUUCUGCAUCUUUUACUUGUAUUUAGUAAGCAAAGUGAAAACUUUGAAAAUGCCAAGCUUGCAUAAUAUUUAUUUGCCAUUGGCAUCCAUUCAUUUUUCCUAACAAACUUAUGAAACACACACACACAAAAAAAUCCAUGGGAAAAUAAAGCACUGGAGCGUUUCCUGCCCCAUAUUACUAAUAGGUCCGAGAGAUCAGUCUUUAUUCUAGGCAAAAUAAUAGAUAGGUGCAAAUCUGACAUCAGAAAGUGACAAUACCAAUAAACCAGUGAGGAUGUUUCAGCCUCCCAGAACACACUGUUACUGACCUAAAGGCGGCCAUUCUGAAACACAGGGACGUCAAAAGAAGAAACAGCUGAAUCACAAUUCAGCAGGAAGUUCAGUGCUAUACCGUGUGGGUUAAAUGAAGACAAAGGAUGUUCAUUAGCCCAGCCAGGGUACCUGUGCUGUCUGUGGCUGUUUCUUGUGAAUGGUUCUCUACCUCAGUGUUUCCCAACCUUGGGCCUCCAGCUGUUUUCGAACUACAAUUCCCAUCAUCCCUGACCACUGGUCUUGCUAGCUGAGGAUUAUGGGAGUUGUAGUCCAAAAACAGCUGGAGGCCCAAGGUUGGGAAAUGCUUCUCUACCUCUCUAUAGGUGUUAAUAUAAUUUCAGCAAUUCCUACCAAUCUGCUGAUGCAAAAAGCGAAAGUCGUGCCUCUUUAGAAUAUAUUCUGAAGCACUUAACUGACACCUUUGCAUUUCAUUGCCAUUCAAUCCCCACCUUAUAUUUGUCUCCUUUUUGGACCCGCCAACUAAGAUUUCAGUUCACGCAUCUGAUGCAGUGAGCUUAAAUCCACGAAAACCCACACCAUAAUAAAUUUGUUCGUCUUUAAGCUGCCUCAAGACCCUCUGGUUGUUUUUGCUUCAAGAGGCAAAUGUGGCUCUCCCUCUGUCAUUUUUCAUUAAUGGAGUGGUUUUCGACCAGUGUGUUGUGGCACCCUGGGGUGCCUUGAAUGAUGGCCAGGGAUGCUGCAGGCAACCCUGGCCUCUGUCCCUCUUUCCUUCCCUCCCUCCUCUGAUGCCCUCUCAGGUCUCUGCCUCCCAAAAGGUUGCACAGCUUUUUGAUGUUUUAAUGUAUUGGUACUAACUUGAAAUGAUGGUAAGCAAAACCAAAAAAGUCCCGUGUCACCUUAAAAAUUGUCAUGGCAUGAGCUUUCGUGUGCCCCAGGCAGGUUUACCAAAUGCAUGAUGUAUAGUUCUGAAUCUGCAAACCUAUAUACGCAAGACAGGAAUGUCGAGGAGAAUUUCAGAAGGAAAUGAAAAAAGCAACAUAGUGCAGAAAAGAAUCACAGUGUUGGUAGUAACACAAACAUAUUUUCAUUAGUUAGCUAAUCUAUGGAUGUAGCAAGAUUUUUUAAAAAAUAACAAAAACACCUGAUGGCUAAUUUGUUGAGAAAUAUUGGCCACCCUUGGACAAUUAAAACUCAGCUUAAUAAGCCAAGAUAUAAAUGAGCCUUGUGGCUGCUCACUAGCGGAAAGGGGCUGUCUUUGCAAAUGAAGACAGGAAGUCUUCAGUUAACUGUAUCUUCCUGUUUUGUCUAAACCAAGAAACUGUUUAAUGGCUUUGGAACAAGACGUUAUUAAGCCAACUUCAAACUGUGGCUUCAUUAAAUAUAGUUUCCUAGUUUGGGAGACUAGAGUUAGCUGACUUGUUUGUUAGCUUACAUGAAGGGGCACCACACACCCACAGAGUUUGGUUUCCAGUUGGAAUCCAGAAUGCUAAGAGCUUCAGCAUGGAUUGCUUUUUAAAACAUCUGUAGUCCUCAUCUUUAUAGGAAGAGAAACUUAAGUGAACGUGAUAUGUUUCUGCUAUAAGCUUGAAACCCACGGAUAGUCAGAAGACAGUGCUGGGACAGGAUCUUGGGAGAUCCAUGUUCAGAUAGGAUGGUCAAGUUGACUUUGUUACCGUAUUUUUCGCCCUAUAGGACGCACUUUUUCCCCUCCAAAAAUGAAGGGGAAAUCUGUGUGCGCCCUAAGGGGCGAAUGCAGGCUUUCGUUGAAGCUUGGAGAGCGAGAGGGGUCGGUGCGCACCGACCCCUCUUGCUCUCCAGGGUUCAGGAAGCUAUCAGCAAGCCUGGGGAGCCCGCGGGAGUUCCCACAGGGCUCCCUAGGCUACGGAUAGCAGCCUGCUGCCCGGAGCACGGGGCGCGCUGAAGCCGCGGCUGGGGGGGGGGGGAUAAUUUUUUUUCUUUAUUCCCCCCCCCCAAAAAAAACUAGGUGCGUCCUAUGGGCCAGUGCGUCCUAUACGGCAAAAAAUACGGUAAUUUUCUCAUGGCCUUGUUAAUUGUGCUUAUUGCGUAUAGCAGGGGAGCAAGAACCGUGCUGAAAUACAGGCUACUCUGGGAGGAAGGGCAGGAUAGAAACGUAGUUAAAUGGCGACAGUUUUAUGGAUUGCUGGGUUUGGCAUGGUGUAAGGGAAGGCAAACCUAGACAGCAUCUUAAAAAGCAGAGACAUCACCUUGCCAACAAAGGUCUGUAUAGUUAAAGCUAUAGUUUUCCCAGUAGUGAUGUUUGGAAGUGAGAGCUGGACCAUAAAGAAGGCUGGUUGCCGAAGAAUUGAUGCUUUUGAAUUCUGGUGCUGGAGGAGACUCUUGAGAGUCCCAUGGACUGCAAGAAGAUCAAACCUCUCCAUUCUGAAGGAAAUCAGCCCUGAGUGCUCACUGGAAGGACAGAUCCUGAAGCUGAGGCUCCAAUACUUUGGCCGCCUCAUGAGAAGAGAAGACUCCCUGGAAAAGCCCCUGUUGUUGGGAAAGAUUGAGGGCAUAAGGAGAAGGGGACGACAGAGGACAAGAUGGUUGGACAGUGUUCUCGAAGCUACGAACAUGAGUUUGACCAAGCUGCGGGAGGCGGUGGAAGACAGGCGUGCCUGGCGUGCUCUGGUCCAUGGGGUCACGAAGAGUCGGACACGACUAAACAACAAUAACAAAGGGAAGGGUUCAGGCAUCCAAAAGCCUAGCUGCUCAUCGAUGAAUCCAUGCAGCCCACAUGAUGGACAACAUUUUGGGGGAGAAAGGCCCCGUAUGGUGUGGGUUGGCAUCAUGGGCAGAUGUGAGGUGACAUUCCAUGGGCAUUUUAGGGGUCCAUACUGUGGAGUGAGGAGUCCCCCUCCUCACCCACCCUGGCUAUGGAUCCUGCUCAGUGUCCCCAGUACCAUCCAGAAUGGAAUGAUGGUAUUGUGAGACAUAAUUGAUCCCCCUUCCAAAAGACCGCUGGGUUGUAUCCAACUAAGCUCUCUUCAGCAUAGACCCAUUGAAAUGAAUGGACCUAAGCGAGUUGUGUCCAUAAUCUUCAAUAGGCUUACUCCGAAUAGAAGUAAGAUUAGCUGUUAUGAGGAAGGCCAACAUCCCAUGAUACUAAAGCCAGUUGUGAGUUGUAGGUAAGAUUCCUUCCCAGCCCCAGUUGCAAGCUGCUAACUUCUAUUUGGGACAAGGUGAUAAAUGCAUGAAAUAAGGGCAGGUGGGAGACAUGAAGGGAAUGGCUGUGCUGAAACCUGGGCUAGAACCUCUUGAUGGUGACGAGUCAACUGGAGGGGAAAAGUUCUCCCUCCCCCAUGACCAACCAGCUUAGUUAAUUGGCUCCUGGAAUGGCACUCAGGCCACAGCAUGGGCAGAUGGUAGACCCACCAGACUGCCACCUGGCCAGGGCUAAGAAACAUAUUGUCCUCCUCCCCACCCUCCACCCCAAAAAACACAUACAUGCUGAAUGCAACUGGGUUCCCUGGUGAUCUGGGAACCAGUGAUUAGUCAAUCGCAGCUCUGUUUUCAUUUGACGAUUGUACCACCACCACCAGAAAAAAUUAAAUUCUGCAAAAUGUAUUUAAAUGAAGGGAGGGUGUGUGCAAUCUUUUAAAGCUCUAAUGAAAGAAUGUGCGGCUACAAAAUUGAACAUAUUUAGGCCCGGGUUCCAAGCUCCUUAAAAUGGGGUUCCCAAGUCCCAAGGAUUAUUCUCCAGGGUUGUCUCUCUAGGUGUGCUCAUCUCAUUCAAAGUUCAGCUCAGACCUGAACUUGUUUCCUCAGCAACCGUAACUCGCUGAGUUAUUUGGGUUGCUUCUCCCCUUAACGUGAUAAAGAGAUGGAAAAGUCAUGGCUAUAAUGGAAAACAAUGCCAUUGAAUAGAUGUGGGAUUUAUUUAUUUUUAAUUACAACUCAAGGCCAGGAAGGAAUGAGCAAGCUAUCUUCCAGCGCCAUCAUAUAGCUCGGCAAGUAGGAAUAUAUCAGCUACUACCUUUUCCUGGCAAAGCUUGCAUUUAUUUAUUUAUUUGCAAAUAUGGACUAUUGCUCCCGUAGCUAAUGCUCAGCUACAAGUCAAGCACCCUUCUGCCGGCAGCUUUCCUUCCUUCUAUAUAUGUCGGGGUUCAGAGCAAGGCUAUUAUUAGCCACUCUGCUUUGUUUUAGGAACAGCCGGAUAGUCGGCCAAACAGCCAGAUCUGAUGACAGAUUACUUUAUAGCUUUGGGCUGCAAUUCCUUCCCCACUCCUCUCCAACCGCUUUUAACAAAUGCCGUGGUAUCUGCCCUUAUGUUUUGUCAAUGUGUUUUAAGAAAAUCAGCCAAUAAAGGCCUUUGUUAGCUGGCCCAUCCUGGCGCAGACUUUCCAGGAAUGAGGAUGAGUCAUCUUGAAUGAGAUUAGAAAUGGAAAAUAUUGAGGCCAGUAGCCAGAUAGGAUCGAAAGACUGCAGUCGGAGAACUCGCCAGGUUUCCAAUCUGUUCUGACUGUUUUUACAGCCAGACAUAACAUAGUUCUACCUUGAGCUUCCCCGCCCGCCCCGCAAGCUGCGUUCUGGACUCCAAUCAUGUUAUUUUGCCGGGGUGUAUAGUAUACUUCGUCAUCCUUUACCUCCCUCCAAGCCUACUCACAAGUAGCUGACAAUGUUUGGUAAUUUGGAAUUUGGGGCACUUGUAGAUGGAGAGUUCCAUAAACUGACAAGUGCUCUUUUUUUUGUCUCAGUCUCUCUGAUUGAAAGGUUAACCCAUAGCUGUCAACUGUCUCUUAUUUGGCGGAAAAGUCCCUUAUCCCAGCGCCGCGUCCCGCUGCUGUCCCUUAUUGAUUAUGUCCCUUAAAUUUCCCGGAUUUCAAAGGAAGCAGCUCCUCUCCCUCCCUCCCUGCCGGCCAGGGAGGAGGGAGGCUCCAACUGUGUUGCUUGGCUGCGUUGCUCACCCAAUAAGGAGUCUUAAGAACGACUGGGGGGUGGAGCUUGCAUGCCUUGUGCCGAUCAAAUCGGCUCCUUUGUCUGGGGACUCACCUUUGCUCAGCGCUUCCCAGCGGAGAGGUUACGGUGAUUUUCCUUGCUGCAUCCCCUUUGCCGGAUUGCUGCGCUGUGGGAACCACCGCUUGAGGCUUCGUUUGGCUGCUGGCUGGGCUUUCUGCCUUUGGCUUGGAGGGGCUCAGAAGUUGAACAUACCUGUGCUUGGAAAAUCCCUUAUUUUGGCUGCUGAUCCCUUAUUUUUGUGGCUGCUGGUCCCUUAUUUUCAAAUCUGUAAGUUGACAGCUAUGGGUUAACCCAAUAGUUAAUCAGCUGAAACCAACCCAAUUGACAAAAGUUUCCAGCUAUAGUACAAAUAAUAUUCCAGAAACAUCCGCAUAAGUAUUCUUUUAUCCAGCUGGCUCCAUGUUUCUUCAAUUAAGAACCCAGAGACCUCUAAUUUUGAGACUGCAGUGCCCAGCCCAAGGCAGCCGUAAAUCAAAGUCCUGAAGUCACCUGCCAUGUAAGCAAAGGUUAGAAAGGGCAAGAAUUCGGGGAAAAGAAAGAGACAAGAUGAGUCUCCUUGUUGCUUAAAUCAAAGUGAGCAUGCUCAGGGAACUUGUAUUUAUUAUUAUUAUUUUAUCAUUAUAUAUUUAUUUAUACCCCAGCUUUUUCCCUGAUGGGACUCAAGGUACGUUACAGAUAAAAACAAGAACCACUAAAAUCAUAGAAAAAUCAAUUGUUGGAAUACAAUUAAACAUGGAUAGAAUUAAAACUAUAUACAUAUAUAAAAUCUGUUGAUGUUGCCUUAUCACAUGAACCAGCUUGACUUAUUCCUGGCUAGUGACCUUUUUUAUAAUUUUAUUUAUGCAUUUUUACAACUUAUAUAUACUUCAUACAAUAUUCAUCAUUAUCUCUUAUCCGCAGACAUCCCAGUUCAUCUCUCCGUGGCAUUCUAGGUAAUCUUUCGCUAGCCUCCUAUUCUAUUAUUCCAGCCCAUUUUCGUCUCAAAUCUUCCUUUAUUUAAUGUUAUCUGCUGCUCAUAUGUUCAUUCCUACUUGUAGGUUAAAUGGAGUAUUAUAUCCUCUAAGAUACUCUUCAAAGCACUUCCAUGUCGGUUUGCAUUUCUUGGUACAGAAAGUAUUGAUUUGGUGUGUAAUUAAUUCAAGAGGGUUCUGGAAGCUCUGUGUGAAAGAAAGAAGCAGAAGGUUCAUGAUGUUUGGGUUAUAUCUUCAGAGAAGCUGGGUACAGCUGACUUAAACUGGUUCUCUUAUCUCUUCAGUCAAGGUCAUGCUGACUAUAAAAGUAAGGCCAGAAGUAGUCUGGGUUUCACAUUCUCUGUCUCUUUUCCUUCUGGUGUGAUGUUUUGUACCUAGUAUGCUUAGUGUUAAAGUUUAGACUUCUUAUAAGUUAUUGUAAGUUUAAACUUACUGCAACUGGAUUUCUUAUGGACAGUGCCAAUCCUGAAUGUAUUGGAUUUGUGACCAUUAUGCUCAUUUGCCUUCAGUAGCAGAAAAACUCUGCUGAAUGAAAUAGGCCUCUGAUCUAUUUUUUUGGGAAUCCUGCAAUGUGUUUAAGUUUUUACUCUGCUAGCUAUACGUUGGAAUCUGCUCUGGAUCAAUACUGAGUAGAAUUUCAUGACAUUCCACUCAUUCCUGGCUAGUGAUCUUGUAUUGGCCAGAGCAGCGUAGUGGCGAAUGCGUUGAAUCCCACCUGAUACCAAUGAGUUCAAGACUUCUGGCAUGCUUGAACCCCAAUAAUCAGUUGCUGUGGGGGACUCUGCUUCUACAUGCUGUCAACUAAGAAUGGCUUCAGGUGUUACGCAGAAAAGACAAGAAAGGAGGGGCAAGGGACAUCCUUGCAGUGCAUUCCUGUGUAUUGUGCAAAGAGAAAACUUUUUCGCUCCUUUGUGGGGAGCACCUAGAGUUCUUAUUUUCACACAUCAGUGUCAUACUGCUGCUCCAGAGAAGCGGACAUGGAGCAAUGGAUCCAAACUACAAGAAAGAAGAUUCCACCUAAACAUUAGGAAGAACUUCCUGACAGUAAGAGCUGUUCGACAGUGGAAUUUGCUGCCAAGGAGUGUGGUGGAGUCUCCUUCUUUGGAGGUCUUUAAGCAGAGGCUUGACAACCAUAUGUCAGGAGUGCUCUGAUGGUGUUUCCUGCUUGGCAGGGGGUUGGACUCGAUGGCCCUUGUGGUCUCUUCCAACUCUAUGAUUCUAUGAUUCUACGUUGUCAUACGUUUGGAGGAAAACCUUAAACACGUUGCAGAGUUCCCAAAAAUAGACAAGAGGCAAUAGUACAGUGGUACCUCGGGUUAAGUACUUAAUUCGUUCCAGAGGUCUGUUCUUAACGUGAAACUGUUCUUAACCUGAAGCACCACUUUAGCUCAUGGGGCCUCCUGCUACUGCCAUGCCGCCACCGCACGAUUUCUGUUCUCAUCCUGAAGCAAAGUUCUUAACCCGAGGUACUAUUUCUAGGUUAGUGGAGUCUGUAACCUGAAACGUCUGUAACCUGAAGCGUAUGUAACCCAAAGUACCACUGUACUUCAUUAAGCAGAGCUAUACUUGUGCUGAAGGCAAAUGCUGCGUAAUGGUUAUCAAAUCCAAUACAGUCAGGAUUGGCUAAGUCCAUACAAAAUCCAAUUGCAGCGUUUAUAAACUUAACUCGUAAUAAGACUAAACCUUAGCACUAAGAAACACCACACCAGAAGGAAGAGAGAGAAAAAGAAAAUUAAGACCCAGGCUCCUUUUGGCCUAUAUUUCUAGUCAGCAUGACUCUGCAGAAUAGAGAUAAGAGAACUAGUUCAAAGCAGCUUCCCAGAAGGUAUAACCCAAAGAAUUGUUAACAUUGCUGCCUCUCCUUCUCUCACACAGAGAUGCUUCUAGUAGUUUCUAGAAUUAAUCAGAAUAGGAAAGAAUAGGAAAGAUCUUUACACAUGAGACCAAUACUUUCUGCACUAAGAAAUGCAAACUGAGAACCAGAACUUCAGAAGCACAAGCUUAUUUGCACUUCCAACUUGUAUCAUCCGCUUUUCUACCCCCACCCCCAACUCCCAACUAGGUACACGAUUUGCAAUAAUGUGACCCAUCAACUGGAGAGUGUGUUCAAGGUGGCCUGAAAGAGAGAAAGGAGGAGGCUCCAACUGUGUUGCUUGGCUGUGUUGCUCACCCAAUAAGAAGUCUAAUACUUCUAAAAAAUGAAGAUAACCAAAUAAAAUUUAAAAAAUUUGAGGAAAUAAGAGAACACAUUUCAGACUGGUUCCAAUACCAUCAGUUAUUUGAAAAAUUUAAAUCUGACAAACAAAAGGGGUUCUCAGUAGAAAUUUCCCGAUUCGAAUCUGAUCUUGUAAAUUCUAAAAGAAAAACUCUUUCCAAAACUUACCGACGCCUCCUUGACUGGACAGUCAAGGAGGAGGAGGUAACAGUGGCAAUGGUGAGGUGGUCCCAGGAUUUUGGCCAUUCAAUAACCAUGGCCCAAUGGGAAAAUUUAUGGAAGAUCAAUUGGAAAUUCACAAACUGUUACACGAUUAGAGAGAACUUUCAAAAAAUGCAACAUCGAUGGUAUCUAACACCAUGGAAACUUUCAAAAAUGUAUAAAAAUGUGUCAAGUAAUUGUUGGAGAUGCGGAGACUCAGGAACAUUCUACCAUAUGUGGUGGACAUGUAGGAAAAUACAGGUAUUCUGGGAGAGUAUACAUGCAGAACUGCAAAAAAAUGCUAAAGAUCUCUUUCAAUAAAAAACCAGAGGCCUACCUCCUGGGAAUAACAGAUUUGGAUAUUCCACAAAAGAGGAAGGGUAUCUUUUUAUAUGCGACGGCGGCAGCAAGAGUUUUGAUCGCAGCAAAAUGGAAGAGUAAUGAAAUCCCCUCUAUACAAGAUUGGAUCCAAAAGCUGACAGAAUAUGCCGAAUUAGAUGGUUUAUCAGAAAAAAUAAAGAAUAAAUCAAAACAGGAAUUUGUUUCUAAAUGGGAGGUUUUCAAAGAAUAUCUGAAAAAUAAAUUAGUAGUUUAAAUUCUGUUGCAGCAUUUGAGGAACUUCAGUAAUAGUUGCUAGGUAGAUAGAAGAAAUUAGAUUUAUUGAGAAUAAGUUUAAUUAUGAAAAAAAAGUGUAUUGGCAAUAAGUAAUAUGAAUUUGAAAUAUGGAAUAGACGGGAAGUUGGGUCUUUAGUGUUAAGACCAAUAGAUGUUUUAUUGUUUGCCAAGGGGGAAAAAAAAGAAGUCUAAGAACGACUGGGGGAUGGAGCUUGCAUGCCUUGUGUGUGGCUAGUUAAUGCAAGCUGAGGGGGUUUUUGAAUGCUGGACGCCAUUUUGUUGCACGUGCUGCUGCAAACUUUGCAGUGCAAAGCCAGGCCAGGGAGCCAUCUUAAGCUGAGGCUGCAUAGGCCUUGUGGUGCAUGUGAUUCAGAUUCUAUUCAGUUGAACCUCUGGUUACAAAGUUGGUUGGACAGUGUUCUUGACACUACUAGCAUGAGUUUGACCAGACUGCAGGAGGACAGGAAGACUGGAGUGCCUGGAACAGGUGAGGCUGCAGGUCCCUUAUUUUGGCUGCUGGUCCCUUAUUUUCAAGGCUGCUGGUCCCUUAUUUUCAAAUCUGUAAGUUGACAGCUAUGGCGUUGUGGGUUUUUGCAUUGCUUCCAUGAACAAAAGGGGAGGGGGGAAGCAAUGAUAGGGAGCUAUGCUUUUCUCAAACCACUUUCAUCUACCUCCUGUCUUAAGAAACGUCCCUACGCAGCAACAGACGCAGGCCUGCAGUCUGCUUACAGAAGUUGGCCAGUUCUCUUGGGAUUUAAACGAGAGAUCUGGGGCGCUGGUUAAAUCCCGACAGUUUUCUGAUGGUAAGUGAGGGCAUCUCUGCAGGCUCUGUGCUUCUUACCUGUGGCGUGUUCAGGAUAAGAUUCCCUUUGGAAUAGUAUCUGGGACAGUUAUAUUUCUGACUCAUCGGCAUUUGUAAUUAAACAUGGUAAUUCUAUUCACUGUGGGGCUCGGGGUGUUGCAAAUCGCCCUCUUCCCUUUCCCCCCAUUUUUGCGCAUUUCAUUUCUUUGUCACCAUCUGCUGCGAAAUGGCUGCUUCUCUUUCGGUGUGCACUUUGCAUUGCCAUCUGGGCAAAAUUAUUUGUCCCAUUAAUUGUGAAAAUGUGUGAAGAAGCAAAACAAAAAUGCUACUACAAGCCAGCGGAAUGUGUGCUAAAUGAGAUCCAGCCCACUCGCGAGAACAUGCACACAGAGCUUGACAUUAUGAAAUGCCUAUUUUAAUAGCCUCUCUUGCUAAUUGGUCUUUGCACAGCGUCGAAAAAUAGCUCUCCACUUGACUCUGUCCCACGGGGAGGGCCUGAGAAGAUCUGAGUCUUUUUUUACAAGAUUAUAAAUAUCUUAGCAUGAACGCUGUCGUACUGUGGCUAUCUUCAGGCUCCCACAAUCGCUUUCGUGAUCAGGAAUCUGAGGUUCUAAAAGUGGCUCUCCAAAGGCCUUUGUUACCAAAGCUCCGUGCAGAGAGAAACUUCCCCAAGGGGGAACAGGUGCAUCUUUUUAUAUCCGCACACCUCCCCCAGGCAUAUAUACAUCAUUAGACCAUUUAAGUCCUUAGCCAUCUCAUCUCCCAAGGGAAACCUGGGAGAUAUAGUUCUGAACAGGGCUACGGGUUGCUUCUCAAAUUAUCAGCACCAGACUACAGUUCCCAGUGUUCCAUCUUGGCCAUUUGAAGGCAUAGAGCAGUUAGUAAGUAAGUACUGUUAGUAAGUACAGAGGUCUGUGCUAGAGUUGGCAGAGGCAGCAAGCAGCAGAAAAAAGGAAGACCUGGUAGUCAGACAAGGCCUGCAGGACUUGGACAGCUCCCAGGACUUGGACAGCAUGCUCCAACCACCUUGUAGCACAAAAAUGAUCCUUAUGUCGUGGUGAAGGCCUUGAAGGCUGUCUCCAGCCCUACCUCCUCAGUGAGUUUCUUUUAAAAUACAGCCUUCUGAAACCUGGUGCUUUGCAGAUGUUCUAGACAAGUCCCUUCAUCCCCGGCCAGCAUGGCCAGGGAUGGAGAGUUGUAGUUCCAAACAUCUGGAGGGCACAAGGUUGGAAAAGGCUGCUUUGGGAGGUUGCAGUCUGGCACUCUUCUGACACCAUGUUCUCUCUGUGGACUGUUUAUCCUCCCAGUUUGAUCCCCCACAACAACCCUGCGAGGCGGGUUAGGCUGAGAGGCAGUGACUGGCCCUAGGGCAUCCAGCGAGCUUCACGGCUGAUUGGGGAUUUGAACCCUUGUCUCCCAAGUCCUCGUCUGUAACGGCUACGCUACACUGUGCUUUGCAACAGCAUGCACAUGCAAGCAUAAAUACAUAAUGGAAGAGUCAUGCAAACGAUUCUCUUAAUUAAUUAAAACAAAAUAAGGCUGUUUUGUCCUGAGCUAACUAUGAUUGAAUCUUUGUUUCGUAAAGCAGAGGUGGGACUUGAGAGAACACAGACUGAGCUUUCCCAUUGCCACUUUUGUAACUCGCUAUACUACCAUUAUCUUACUUUAUUGUUUGCUUUAAUAGGGUGGGAAGGGUGGUGUGUAUGGGUACUUAGUUUGUGGUUGGUUUGUUUUUAUAUAUAUAAAAAAAACCUCUUUAAAUAAACAUUGAGUAAAAAAAAACCAAGGCAGGAAGGAAGAACCUGUGUUGUUAGACUACAUCUCCCAUAAUUCCCGGCCAUUGGGCAUGUUGGCUGGGGCUGAUGGGAGCUGGAGUCCACAAUUUCUGCAGCGCCUGCAGGCUCCCUACCCUAUUAUAAAGUAUAGUGAUUAUGGGAUAAGUAUUUUGCUAUAUGCUAAUAUACUACUCCCUUCAGUCCAAAGGGAAAGAGCAGUGAAGUCUUUCAGGAAAUGCAAUUAAAGCACAUUUUCCUGCUUUCACAUUCCAGCUUGGUUAGAUAUACACUUUACGCAAACACACACACACACACACACAGAGAGAGAGAGAGAGAGAGAGAGAGAGAGCACAUUGUUAACAGCUCGCCUCAAGUGGUUGAAGACUGAACCUUGAGGGGCACUGAAGUUUUAUAGAUGUAUGUUAAGUUGCAUGUUUGGAUUGUGGUUCCUGCAAUUAGCAGAUGAGGUGGGAGAUGGGUUUUUGCAUUAGACCACUUCCAACUGCAGCUGCGUUCUUGUACAUAGAAAAGCAAGCAUGCCUGGGAAACAACUAGAUUAGAGGAACCUUGUCCCUGGCAUCUCAUUUAAGAUGCAUCAUUAUGUAGUUUGUGCCCCACGGUCUGAAAUGUAACAGCCCAGAUAGUGUUUCAUUUAUCUCCUCAUUUGCUUUGUGUGAGAAUGAGGUUUAGGAAGAAAGAAUUUUAGCUAUGUGCAUAACAGGAAAUUGUAUACUGAGAGCAUCAUAGUUGACAAAGGCUACCUGACCUUGAGAUGCCAGAGAAGGAGUGGACAAUGUGAGCAGAGAACAGAGUAGCCAUGUGGAGAACGAUAACAAACGACUUUGGAAAAACUUGGAGAAAAGGCCGGUUUGGAAGACAGGAAAAACUCAGACCUUAGUGACUGCUAGCUCGGCCCAUGGGAACCCCUAAGUAAAACCAGGCAGAGGUUCUGCUUGCAACCAAGCGGCAUAUAAAUUUUGUUAAAUAAAGAAUAAUAAAAUAAUUACUGUGGCUCCCACUCAAGAACAACAGCAAGAGGUGUGCUUCCUUGGGGGUUAAGAAGCUAUUCUUUAUUCUGACAGUAUAAACUCAGGAAUGGGAGAAGAGCAGAAAUUAAUCAAGAUGGCCCUGGGUACCAGUGGAAAGGCAAACCAAUUCAAGCUUCAUAGUCCGCUAAAGGCAGUUCGUGAUUCCAAGAUCAGGAGUUGCAGUCUGCGACUGUACAGGUUACACAACACUGUCAAACCGAUAGUUACGUAAAUUGAAUUAACAAAUAUACCCACAAUGUAACUGGCUGUGCUUAACUAUAUAAAUUCUUUAUACAUCAUAUAAACAUAUCUCUUUUCACAUUACCUAAUUGAGUAGAAGCAAUUAAGGACCAACAUUUAGAACAGGAAAUACAAAUAGAUCAGUUCUUCUAUAUGUAAUGUCCAAAUAGAAGCUUUUGUGUUCCACGUAUGUAUAAAAGAAUCCGUUGUUUUAAACGUAAUGUCCAAAUAAAAGCUUUUUUUUGUUCCACGUAUGUCUUAGCGAAUACAAGUGUCAAACCUAACAACUUUAAGGAGCAGUACUUGCAAAAGGUGAACUUUUCUUUGUAAUGUUCCACAUCUGCUUUUGCAAAGUAUGAUUGUUGUAUGCAGAUAUCAGACAAAGGAUAUGAAAGAUCGUAUCAUGUGCCUUUGCAAAAUAUAGUUGUUGUAUGCCGGUGUCAGACGAAAGAACUUAAACGUGACAAGGAUUCCCGGAAUAAUACCUUGUUUCGCCCUGCCGGGCUUUGUCGGCCAAGCAUACUCAUAUUUUGUGUAUCAGAGACACGGAACAAGUGACAUGGCGGUGCUUCAGAGGCAACAGGUGACUUUCCUCUUCCCGACUGCUGAGUCUCCCUCCCUCCGUCUGGCAUUGAAGGGGCCUCCCUGGCAUUACCUUGGCCUGCCUCCUACCCCGGAGCCAAGAAGGAGAGGGCCUGUGAGUCUUCCAGAAGGAGAAUCUGAACGGAAAGAUCUGGCUCUGAGCGGGAGGACUCUGAGCCACGACCUCUCUCCUCCCACUCGUUGCCCUCACCAGAGUCCUUGGGGAUGGCCAUGGCAGAAGGGUCUUUAGGUUUUUUCAGGUGCACACAAUUUCUGGCCAGUUCAGUGGCUGUAAUUUGUGGGCUCCUGCAUGUGUCUGCAUAAAUAAAGAGCUCCUUCCUGCAUGCAUCAAGUAGAUUUGAAUGUCACCCAGGAAAGCCAAGUGCGUCACAGAGACACUCCUUAUAAAAAAUGCAUGAGACUCUUAUAAAGGCAAUUACCUUUCCGCAAGGCAGUGGAGGGACAUUAUGUGACCCAACGAAGUAAUGAAAAACGUGUAAGAGUGGAACACUGUUUUGUCCUGUCAACAAGUGAGGCUACCACCGCCACACACACACACACACACACACAUCCAGUAAUUGAGCAUGGCAAGGAAAAAUAAUCCAAAAUAGGAAAUUUAAGAUGAAAUGUGGAUGAUAGCAGAAAGAAUUGUGACUUUCUGGACCCCCAGAUGUUAAAGGUCUGACAACCCUGAUUCUUCUUCUUCUUCUUCCUCUUUAGAUCAGUUCACAUGAUCUGUUUUGCCUGGUUUGGCCCCUAUGGGGUAAUGAGCCGUUGUCACGGGAUCACCUUCCCUUUCAUGACGAAACCCGUACUCUGUUCGACAAACACAGCUUGGGAACAUGUUAGGGGGCAGCUCAAGGGGUUUUUGCUCCCAGUUCCUGCAAAGAUGCCCAUGGGAGCAAAAACCCCUUGAGCUGCCCUCCAGGGAUUCAACUAGAAAUAGCAGGGUUGGGUUAGGGUCGGGUAGAGUCAAAGGAAGAACUGGUGAAAGUGAGAUUUGGGUGGGUUAAGAAAGGCUUCUAUAGUGCCUUGAAGAAAAUAGGCUAACGUAGAUAAAAAGGUAAAGGUAAAGGGACCCCAGACCAUUAGGUCCAGUCGUGGCCGACUCUGGGGUUGCGGCGCUCAUCUCGCUUUACUGGCCGAGGGAGCUGGUGUACAGCUUCCGGGUCAUGUAGCCAGCAUGACUAAGCCGCUUCUGGCGAACCAGAGCAGUGCACGGAAAAGCCGUUUACCUUCCGGCUGGAGUGGUACCUAUUUAUCUACUUGCACUUUGACAUGCUUUCGAACUGCUAGGUUAGCAGAAGCUGGGACCGAACAACGGGAGCUCACCCCGUCACGGGGAUUCGAACUGCCGACCUUCUGAUCAGCAAGUCCUAGGCUCUGUGGUUUAACCCACAGCGCCACCCGGGAUCCCUGUGCUAAAGUAGAUACUGCUGUGCAAAGGGCUGUAGCUCAGUGCCAAGGGCUGUAGCUCAUCUGUUUGGCAUUCACAAGGUCCCAGGUUCAAUCCCAGUAGGGCUGGGAGAGGCCUCUGACCCUGGAGAGAUGUUGCCCGUCAGGUGAAUCAAUGGCCUGAGUCAUUAAAAGGAGGCUUGCUGUGUGGCUCCCAGGCUUGGACCAACGAACGCUCCCAUGACCUUUGUGUCUUCCUUUUGCAGUAUGUGACCCGCCAAAGGCUGCCACCAUCUCUUCCAGCGUCCAAUCAUGGACACCGACACCGUGCCCCCACAUGAAGCCUCGUUGACAGUUAAUGAGCAGGUAUGUGCCUCUCACGGACCCCUUUUGUCAAAGGGGUGCCUGAAUGGCGGGGGAGAGGAGCUGCCGCUGGCCCAGUGGAGCCUUAGACAAGGUUAUCCUUUGUUGUCUCUUUUCAGGUGAUUGUGAUGUCGGGUCAUGAGACCAUUCGAGUGCUGGAGGUGGGCGUGGAUGCUCCAAUACCUGUGGAGAACGAAGGAAAAACUCUGAAAACUGCAGCAGCAACCAGAGAAGAGGCUCCUGUGAGCUGCCCUCCAGAGCCCAGUGAAAUGGGAAGGGAAGGGGUAGAGCAAAACCCAGCAAAGGCAUCAGGAGAGUCAGGUGGUAAGAGGCACUUUGUUCGUUCAUUCUUUCUGUCCGCUCUGCUGCCUAAGAGGCUGUAACGUAAAAUAAAUUGUAGGUUAAAUGGGUCAACAAGGGGGCAACCUACAGGCCUCUUCGUCUUCUUUUUGUGGUAUAUUCUGCAUUAGGAAAAAGUCCAACUUUAUAAAAAGUUAAGGGCCCUACAAUCUUCAUCAGAGGACCUUCUCUGUGUGCCUCAAUCGAGGGCACAAGUGAAUCGAUCUUCUUGGUGGUGGCUCCCCAUCUGUGGAAUGUUUUCCCCAGGGAAACACGUCUGGCACCAUCAUUGUCAGUUUUUUAUGAGGCAGAAUAACACAUUUUUUAAUUUGUCAAGGGCCUUGGUACUUAAGUUAGUAUCUACUUCAUCUUUUAGUGAGGUGGGGUAGGACUUGUCCUUAUUAUGUUGCUGGGUGAGCAUUUUAGAAUUUUUAUAUUGUAAAGGUAAAGGGACCCCUGACCAUUAGGUCCAGUCAUGACCGACUCUGGGGUUGCGGCACUCAUCUUGCUUUAUUGGCCGAGGGAGCCGGCGUACAGCUUCUGGGUCAUGUGGCCAGCAUGACUAAGCUGCUUCUGGCGAACCAGAGCAGCGCAUGGAAACACCGUUUACCUUCCCACCGGAGCGGUACCUAUUUAUCUACUUGCACUUUGAUGUUCUUUCGAACUGCUAGGUUGGAGGAGCAGGGACUGAGCAACGGGAGCUCACCCUAUUGCGGGGAUUCAAACUGCCAACCUUCUGAUCGGCAAGUCCUAGGCUCUGUGGUUUAACCCACAGCGCCACCCGCGUCCCUACAAUUUUGCAUUGUACUCUGUUUUAAAUGAUCUGCUUUUUCAUUCUGCCAGUUUGUAUUCUGUCAUGUUAAGUCACUUGGAGACUUUUUGAUGUAAAAUGACUCAAAUGUAAGUAAUCAUAAGAAGCAAUGCUUCUCUAGCUGGUGAGGAAACAUGGAGCACGUGAAAACAUGAGGGACAUUCUGCCAGCAAGGGGAGGAAACCCAGCUAUUAACUCCCAGCUUCCAGAGGUUAGGCCAAAGGAUGAGUAGCUUCUCCAGCCAAAAUCACUUGCCAAUGAGCUUUCACACUGCCUGUUGCCAGUUGGUCCAUCUCUAGGCCUUGGCCCACCAUGCGGGAGUUCAGGCAGCAGAGAUGGAUAGAAGCAAGCGGUUGCAAAGUGUGUGGACUGGGCAAGAUGCCAAAGCCAGGAACAGACAAGUGGGCAAAUGCAGAAGGCAUCUGGGUAAUAGGGAUAGUCUGGGAGUCAUGGAGGACCAAGUGCUUUCUCUAGGCGGUGCAUUGUUCAGACUGGAGAACAGCAGUGGAGCCCUGCAGGUUAUCUGGGCAAAAGUGGAAGGUAAUUUGUUUCCUUCUGAGUUUCUUGCUAGAACAAUUCUACCCAGAUGCUUCACCUAAGAGGCCUAAGGUGCCUGCUGUUCCUUUGUUGGGGGCCUGAUUUAAAUGGGUGGACCUAUCCACACACUGUUCCCUGCAACUGGGCUUCCUAGUUAAAUGGGGCCCUCACCUGGUAUGUUGGUAGUGUUAGCAUGGUUCUUCUGAUGGGUACCACAAUCACCGUACGGUUAGCACAGGUUUGACUCAAAUAGCUAUCAUUAAGAAAAACGAGUCGCUUUGCAAAUUCUGUAAUCAUUUGUCCUUUGUGUGUAAAGCAGGUGCCCCCAAAUUAAAGGAGAAGAAGUACAGAACAUUUUAAAUAGGAUCCCUUGCUACGAUGCCCAAAAAGAUCCUCCAAACAUUUUUAAUCAACUUAUGGUUUACUUUUUUAAUUGACUGCCCCAUUGAUACCCCACUGUGAUGCCAAAAGGUCUUUGUGGCUUCUGCUCAAGCCCUCCCCCUCCCAAAUUUGUCAAUUUUUUAAAAAAUGUGUUUUUUCUUUUCCUUUUAACUGACGAGACCUGCAGGUCCCAUGCUAUAGUUUUCUUACUUCCAGAUUGGGUCCUUUUAAAAAAAAUGACAACACCCAUUUUUACGCUUUGGUGAUGCCCACGUUUACAUUUUGGCCACAUGCAUUUUAAAGAACAAUUGGAAUUGGAGGCACGUGGGCUACACCGCCCCCCUUCUCUGCCUGCCCUUAUCCUAUUUCCAAGUUCCUUCCCUGAAUGGCUCUUCCUUCUGUAAAGGGCAGUUUCAUGCCAUGCUCACGUGUGCUACCUCCAUCUCCACUUGGCCCAGCAUUCUGUGGGUAUCACCCGAACGGGUAAACAAAACGAACUGUUUCCUCUUGUCUCCAGGUGAAGUAAAGGCAUUACCUGAAAUAACCCCUGCACCUAUCCCGGGAAUCGUCCCCUUCAGCCAAGUGACAAGCCAGCAAACACAAACUCUAACGCCCGUCACACUGCAAGCUGCACCGCAGGUAACUUACCUUACAGUUCUUUUGUUGGGCACGCGGGAGGAAUAUUGGCCACUGAACAGAGGAAAUGGUGCAUUUCAAUUUCUGCAACAGUGUGGGAGUUUCCACCUGUCCCUUGGAAGAGUCAGGUGUGGACACAUCCUACUUAGGUAGAAGCAGAGUUGCCAGAAAUCCCUUGGCUUGGGGGGUUGUAGAGCAGACUUCCAAAACUGUCUGUGAAGUUGGCAUUUGGUGUGCAUUGAGCACUCUGGGCCCCAGGUGUUCUGGGAUCAGGAAUGCCACAUUCUGUUCUAUGGGGCUUUGAUGCUCUCGAAUGGGUUCCUGUUUUCAAAGUGUUCCAUCUGGCCAGACUUUGUAGAAAUCAAAUGCACUCUUCCGGUGUUUACUGGCAGGGAUCUGUUUCUUAGCUUGUGCGAAGCGCUGUGGGGCAUAUGCAAUGCAGCUCUGGGCCAUGGGUCUGUUCAGGGCCUUACACAGUAAAGAACUUAUCGCUGUUAAGGGGAAUCUCCUCCUUGCCCUGGAAAACCUGGGUUCCAAAGCACAUAGGCAUUUUGUUCACUGCAAGCUUAUAUGGAACAACAAUUUUUGUGAAUAAAUUGUUCUCGCCCCCAGCCCCCCACCAUAAUCAAGGGGGCUAACCGUCUCCAAGCCGGAGAAAACUAAAGGCAUAUGCUGAGGGCCUUUCCACACAAUCAGCUUUUUUUGCUGAAUCAAUGAGCAUUUGUUACCGAAUUUGAGGCACACAGUCCUCCUCCAAGGUUGCAUUUUUUGUUGUAGGCAUAUCACAUUUUCCCAGCAUUUAAUCUGCAAUAUUACCAGGGGGUGGGGUGGGGGAAUGGGAUUGUGCAAGAGUCAGCUGUUAGGCAUUCUGUGCUAUUAUUAGUGACGCAAUUCCCUCCAGCACCAACACCACCGCUCUGGCACAUAUCGUUUUGUAAACGUCUAUUUAUUUUAGAAAAAUCUAAUUCCUCCUGGUAGUUGUCCGCUCCUUCAUUAUUCAAUGCAAAACAUGCCCUCAAGCCUACAAGCCGCUUUUCCCUGGGCCAUUUUUUGAAAUUUAAAUUGUUGGUUUUAAAUUAUCUAUACUGUUGUUGUUAUUAUAUUUCAAACAGGUCCCUAUGGGUCUUGGGUCCUUAUGCACCUCACAGUUUGCAAACAAGAGUAAUAGUAUAAAAUACUAUAAUACUAGUUUUAUUCUCAAUAGUCAUAUGCAUUUAAAGUUUUAAACAUUCUUUUUCUGGGGAAAGUAGAUUUCCUUUUCCCCACUUAUUAUGGCCUCUUGAAGGAAAAGAAAAAUAUCCUUGAAAAAGAAUUGAAAAAUUCAAAAUACCUUGGGCCAUUUAUAAAAGGAUAAAACUGCUCUUCUGCGUUUUUUAAUCUUCUCCUGUGUUUUUGUCCUCCAUCGCACACACAUGCAGCAAGACAAGGCAAUGCAGUCCUUCCAUCUACUAUAUUGGAAUGAGAUAUCAUACUUAUUUGCAUUGGGACUUGGGGAGCUAUCACCUACUUCAUAAAAUGCAAUUGAAUCGUGCUUCAUUUGAUUGUGUGGAAAGGCCUUUAGUGCUGAUGUCAGCAGGAGAGAUUCAAUGCUCAAUCAACUUCUUCCCUGCUCUGGGCAUUUGCCACUUAGAGCAAGAGUUCCCAGCCGCUGCACAUUUUGUGGAUGCUGCAAUGUCCACAGAGAGGCAAAAGACUGAGGCAGAGGUACCUGAGACUGAGAUGCUUUUCUAGGCAGGAGGCUUUGUAUCCAGGUGUGCUUACACCACCCAGCUCUUUUCUAAGAUGAGUACAGAGGAGCUCUCCUUCCUUGCUCCUCUUCUCUUCUGAACCCUCCGCAGUGCCGUUUGCAACUGCAAAAAGAAGCAGGAUUUAUUUAUUUUUGUUUGUCAAGCAAGCUUUUUAGCUUGCUGUAAAGCAGCAAGCCGGAGUACUUAAAGUGAUUAGAUUUAUUUAUUUAUCUUUAUUAAAUUUCUAUAUUGCCAUUCAUCCGAGGAUCACAGGACAGUUUACAAUAUAAAAUCACAAAAAUACACACCAUAGUAACAAACAGUAAACCGCCACCCACCCCGUUUAAAAGGCCAUAGAUUGUUUAAUUCGACAAAGGCCUGGGAGAAGAGUCUUUGCCUGGAACCCAAAGAUACAUAGCAAAGGUGCUAGGCAAUCCUCCCUGGAGAGAGCAUUCCACAAGUAGGGAGCCACCACAGAAAAGGCCCUUUCUUGUAUUUCUGCCCUCCGGACCUCUUGCAGAGGAUGAACACAAAGAAGGGCUUCAGAUUAUGAUCGCUGGGCCUGGGGCGGCUUGUAUGCAGAGAGAUGUUCCUUGAGGUGUUGUGAUCCUGAACCCCUCAAGGCUUUAUAGGUCAAAACCAGCAUACUGAAUUGGGCCUGCAAACUAACCGGCCGCCAAUGCAGUCAGGCCAGGAUUUGCAUUAUAUGCUUAAAUUAUUUUGUCCCUGUGAGCAACCUGGCUGCUGAAUUCUGUACCCGCUGAAGUUCCCGAACUGUCUUCAAAGGCAGACCCACAUAAAACAUACUGCAGUAAUCUAACCUAGAGGUUACCAGAGCAUAGACGACAGUAGUUAGGCUACCCCUGUCCAAAUAAGAGCACAGAUAGGCCACUGUUGAUAGACGGCACUCCACGCCACUGAGGCCGCCUGAGCCUCAAGCAACAGCCAUGGCUCCAGCAGUACCCCCAAGGUAUAACUUUAUCAAGAGCAGGCAAUUUUCCAGCCAGCUGGUCUAGGGAACUACUCACUAACAGUGCCUCAGUCUGCAGCUAAGUAGAUCUGUAGACAGUAGAUCCCAAGAUCUGCUACAGAGCUUCAUGGGGAGCAAAUCCAAUAUUGCUUGCAGUGAAUAUUUCCUUGUGGAACAUUGCAGGGAGUGUUCUCUUAAGGAAGAACUGUUUCCCCCUCAGUCACACCUGCAGGUGGAGCCGCGUUCAGUGACUCCGCCAAGGAUGUGGCACAACCGCUCCAACUUUCCCCAGGACAUAUCCGGGGAGAAAUAAAUGGCGCCAACGCGUCCUUAAAAUGGCUGCGCUUUACUGUGAUUGCUACAAGGCAUUGCGCUUUGGGUGGGUGGGGGGAGGGCAGGGGAGCUGAUAAAAGAUGCAGCCUAGAGCAAUUUGUCAGGGCUGUGAAAAAGAAAUGCCCCCAUCUCGCUUGAACGUUGACUUUGCAACCAGCCCCCACCUGAGUGCCACAGAGCUGGGUCUGCCCAGCUGCUGGCACGGGGCACAAAGCCACACACAGCACAACUCAGGCAGGCAUCUCCUGGCUGGGCUGGGCCUCCUGUGGGCUUGCUAACGUGGCUGCUGCUGCGCUGAUGCUGUCUGCAGUGGCGUUGAUUUCUUUUUUCCCUUUUCUUUUUUAAAUCUUGUUUACUUUUGCAGGUCUUGACUCAGGAAAACUUAGCAACAGUUGUGACAGGCGUUAUGGUUCCAGCAGGGGCAGUUACUCAACCUCUUCUUAUCCCCAUCAGUAUUGCAGGUCAAGUGGCAAGUCAGCAGGGGCUGGCUGUGUGGACAUUUCCUGCAGCAACGGUUGCUGCCCUCCCAGGACUGACGGCUGCCUCUACUACUGGGGGAAUUUUCAAAUCACCUAUAGCCAAUUUGCAAGGUAACAACAGCUUCUUAGGGGGUCUCUCCUUGUGACAGUGAUCAUUCAGUGCUUGUGCAGAACACGAAGUCCCCUUGCUCUGCAGAGGCCCAGAAAUACUUUGCAUUCUUUAGGGAACGCAGUAUUGCUUUAAGAGUAAACAGAAGGUGGAGGAGCAGGGGGUUAAUUUAAAAUAACACAGUGUGGAAGGGGGGUAGUUUAAAAAGAGCCAUUGGCAAUAUUUCCAUUUCCAUUAUCUUAGAAGGAAGGGCGUGAAGCAUGUUUUGCAGCAGGGGCAACCAAAGUCAUGCCCUUCCAGAUGUCAUUUGACUACAGCUCCCAUCAUCCUUUUCCGUUAGCUAUACUGGUAGGGGCUGAUGGGAGUUGUAGUCUAUGGGCUAGUGCUUUUUUUUACUGUAUAUUAGUGACCAUUGCUCUGAUCCACACUAUGGAGCAUCCCGUUGAUGAGUUCAUCUGCUAGUUUUAGUUGAGCAAACUAGAUAACAUUUUCAUAUCUGUUACCUCUUCUGAAAUGAAUGAGGGAUCCCCUGGGAGCUGAGGGCCUCCAUCAAAGCGGCCCCCGGCCAGGUACGCAGCAAAUUCAGUAGCAGUCCCUGAGCAUGUUCAGUAGAUUACAGUGCAGUGUGUCUAGUCAGUUUCAGAGCAGCCGAUUCCAUGCUUGUCUCCCAACCCCCAAUUUCAUUUAAGAGAGGCUGUUGUUCCAGUCAGUGGUUUUAUCUAUUUAUUUAACCAAUUUACAGACUGCUUCACAGCUUAAAGCCAUCAAAAUGGGCAGAAUUAAAAGAAAUGAUCAAACCUGUAAUUCUAGCGCAUGGGAGGGCCACCAAAAUAAUACAUUUGGAAAGUUGAUUAAUUGAUAUUUGAUUUGGUAUUGUGAUUUGAUAUGGGUAAAAUAAGGCUUAUUUUGGUUUCUUGUCAUUGAAAGCUAAUAAAAAUUAUUAUUUUUAAAAAGCCAUCAGAAUGGCGUGCAAGGUAAAAACUGGAUAAAACACACAAACACGGGUACUAAAAACAAUACAACUGUUUUAGAAAAUUAUAAGAUCAAUAACGCAAUUCAUUCUGAAAACCUUCUUAAACAAAAACCUCUCCAGUGAGCACCUAAACAUCAUGAUGCUGGGUCCCUGUCUCAUCUUGGCUGGUAAUUGAUUCCAGGGAGCUGAAGCUGCAACACUAAAAGCCUGGUUUCUAGUACAGGCUAGGUGUACCUCCGGAAACAUGGUGCUGUCAGCAGUGCCCCAUCUGAUGAGUGCAAUUGCCUGCACAGUUAAAUGGCCAAGGUGGUCUCUUAGGUACUCUGGUCCCAAGUUGUAUGGGCAGGGAUGCUUAAUGAAGAAAAUAUGGCCACGGCAGUAUUACUUCUGCAGGCACAUCUUGUCACCGGUGGCCUGUUCACACAGGAGCCUGUGAUCUGAAGCCUCCUGGUGGAUGUAGAGGCUAUCAAUUGUGACAGCUGCUACAGCAACUCUGAGGCUUCCAGAAAGCCCUGGCUUUAUCAUGCAGUAGGGGAGAGCAAGGAAGAUGCAGUGAUACAGAGUUCUGUGUAACACACAAACUUUCAUAUUCUUAAUUUGGAUAUGAUAAAAGAUGUUUCCUCAUCUUUUAUCUCAAUCCUGUGCAGCUGCAGCAGCAACAGUCUGGAAAUAAAACACCUGCUCUUUCCUUUAGCUUUACCGCUUGCUUGCCUGCUUUGCAGCACAAUCCUAUACGUGCGUACUCAAAAGUAAGCCCCACUGUGUUCAAUGGGACUUACUCCCAGGUAAGUGUGUAUAGGAUCGAGGCCUUAGAUGUAGAGGUGUAACUUCACGGAUUGAAGCAACUAGCAAUGUGACCGUUUUGAUUUACAGGGCAGAAGAAAGAAUGGCAAAGCAUAGCGGCGAUAUUGAGUGUUCUUGUCUUGCUCCCACAGCUGCCGCAGUGCUGAACACGGCAAUACAAGCCCCUUUGCAGCCAGCCCAGCCUCUCCAGGCGCAGCAAACAGUCCAGCCGCGGCCACCAGCCCAAACACAGACUGUGUUCCAGCCUCAGGCUCAGCCAGCCAUUUUGCCGCAGCCGGCCGCAGCAUCCACACCACCUGUCGCCAAGCCCUUGGAAACGCCAACCCAGAUCACAGUUCAGCCAGCAGGAUUUGCCUUUAACCCUGGAAUAGUAAGGAGCUGGAAGCAUCGCUGAAGAGCUAGCUCAGAAGAUUGGGGAUGGGGGCAGGAGGGACAAGUUGUCAAUGGGCCCACAGAUCCUUCCGAUCUCCUCUGAGGUCUACAAGGAGUGGGGAGAGGUCAAAUGUAGUUUGGCGCUAAGGCUACCUGUCUUCUGAUGUUUACAGAGAGGACGUUCUUUCAUUAUAUGCUUCCAUUGUAAACGUGAGCAGCAACUUUUGAGGGGUUCCUUUAAAUACUGAACAAAUACCAUGGGGUUGUAUCCAAUGGUUUUUUAUAUUGUGAUUCUAUGUUGUGAACCACCCUGAGAUCUACGGGUAUAGGGUGGUAUACAAUCAAUCAAUCAAUCAAUCAAUCAAUCAAGACUUUGUGUUAGCAGAAAACACUUGUGCAAGUUGCUGCAGCAUCCACAGUUGCUUCUGGGGCUUGGGGGAGCCACUGGAGCAGUGUGAGAUGUAGCACAGAGGGCUUCAGUGGAGGAGGGUGGGAGUUGGUGAAAACUGGUUGCACUACUGUGCCAGGACAGGCACUUUCCACUAGUGCAGGGGUCAGCAACCUAAGGCCCAUGGGCCAGAAGUGGCCUGCGAAGGUCCUUUGACCGGCCCACGAGCCGCCACCGAACCGAGCCGCCCACUCACGCACUGUGCUAAACCAGCGCAGGGACUUGCUUCCGUGGUGCCGGAAAUCGCGUCAACACAGAUGCCAGAAAAUCGCAUCUGCGCACGUGCAGACGCUGAAAAUCGUGGAUGCACACACGCGUGACCCGACCCACGGAGGGAUCUCCAUGGGACUGAUCCGGACCAGGCAAGAUAAACCUUGCCGACCCCUGCACUAGCACAAAGCUAUCCUUGAAAUCGACCCAUGAAUCCAUGUCGAUAAGAAAGACUGACCCACCUAGACCAGCAUCCUGGUCUCACAGUGGCCAGCUAGAUGCCUGUCAGCAUCUCUGACAUAAACUGCCCAUCACAACCCGUCUUUGGUCUUAAUUCAGAGUGGGUGACUUAAUGCAUGACUAGCUGCUUCAGCACCCAGAAAACAUCUUUGCCCUUGAACAAAGCACAUUGGAAAUAGUGGUGUUAGCAACACUUUAAAGUUGUUUUGUUCUUUCAGUGUGGUAGUACUACUAAUGCUACUAGUGGAUAGGGCAGCUACUCUGGUCAGCCAGCAGGCUAGGGGCUGACUGCAAUACAAACAGACCUCUUCAUGAAUGCGCAGUAUUCUUGAUAAGGGCUUCAUAAUAAUGGAUUGUUUAGACUGGGGCAUCACAUGCACAAUACUGAAAAAGGAGGGGAGGCAGCUGAGGCAGAGAGUUAAGUCUCACUGUUAAUGAGAAUGCAGAGUAAUUCAAUCCUUGACUUCUGUUUUCUCCUGCAGAUCAGUGCGGCUUCUCUGGGAGCCCAAACUCAGCUCCUCAGCUCCCUGGCUGCUACACCAGUAAUUGCAAACACCAUUCCUAGUGUGCAAGGGAUAACUGGACAGAUCCUGACCAAUGCUCAGGGACAAGUAAGUGCCAUUUGACUCCAGAACCCAAUCAAAGCCACAGUAGAUCUGGACCUAUUGCACUAGUAAGGGGCACAGGAAUGGGUGUUAAGUGACCUCCUAUUUAAAGAAAAUACAGUGUUUUCUUAAAUGUUUUAUUUGUUUAUGUAACCUUUAGUUUCACUAUUCUUUGAUCAAGGCAGCUUACAAGCAGUGAAAAACUGGCAGAAGUGAAAAGGCUGCUGGGGUGGAGUUUUAAUUGUUGGUGUUCUCUGCUUUUUUGGGGGGGUGGCGCUGUGGUCUAAACCACCGAGCCUCUUGGGCUUGCCGAUCGGAAGGUUGGUGGUUCGAAUCCCUGCGACAGGGUGAGCUCCCAUUGCUCGGUCCCAGCUCCUGCCAACCUAUCAGUUCAAAAGCACGCCCCCUCCCAAAGUGCAAGUAGAUAAAUACUCUGGCAGGAAGGUAAACAGCGUUUCCGUGCGCUGCUCUGGUUUCGCCAGAAGUGGCUUAGUCAUGCUGGCUACAUGACCCGGAAAAACUGUCUGCAGACAAACGUCAGCUCCCUCGGCCAGUAAAGCGAGAUGAGCACCUCAACCCCAGAGUCGUUCGUGACGGGACUCAACUGUCAGGGGUCCUUUACCUUUACCUUUUUAUUCCCUGUUUUAAAGCACGCUGAACUAUUUUCAGCUGUGAACACACAUUUAAAGCAUCAAAAUAAGGGGGGAAAUAUGAUGUGUAAAUAUGCACAAGUUUGACUCAGCCCACGAGUAGUUGAAAGUCUCCCUAUUCUGCAAACUCUCCCCCCCCUUUUGUUUCUCAUAGCACUGUCACUUUUGUCCUGCCAUCCUCCAACCCUGCAAAGGCGAGGGGGAGAGAUUUGAGAACCUUUGCACUGCAUCCCUGAUGCAUCUUUCCUUCUCCUCUCUUCCAGGUCAUUGGGACUCUUCCGUGGGUGGUGAACCCAGCUGGAAUUGCCACAGCCAACGCCACCCCUGCUACAUUGCCGGCACAGAACCUACAGCUGCAGGCAGUGACGCCGCAGCUGCUUUUGAAUGCCCAAGGCCAGGUCAUUGCCACCUUGGCUAGCAGCACCAUCCAGACAGCGACAGCGGCAGCUGUUAGAAAACCCAGCACGCCCGAAACUCCAGCAAAGAGUGAGGUGAGCUUCAGCUAGCAAGGACAUCUGAUUCUUAGGGGAAACCACUGGCGGACUCUGCAGCAGAAGGAUAGCAAGCGGACAUGCAUGGGGCACCCAUAUAAAUGGGGGAGGAAAUGAACACAUCGGACUGGAUCCUAAAAACCACUUACAGGAGUUAAAAAGCCUUUCAGGAGGCUGGGUUAUGGUGUGGGUAAUUAAAUAAUGACACUUGAGAUUCUGGUGACCUGUACCCUUGUUGGCUUGGCGGUUGAAAUGUAUGAAACGACUCCAUUGUAAAGUGUCAUCUGAGGCACUACAAAUAUCAGGGCACUACAAAUAAAUGUUUGUGUCAAUCUGUGAUGACUCAUAUGUACAGGCCAGUCAAUGGUGUUAGCCAUCACUGGGUGUUGCAGUUAUUCAUUGACGCAACGUGUGAGCAUGAGGCAGGUUCACAUAACCUCAUCCUGAGUGAGGGUCAAGACAGACGUCGGUUUUUUUAGAACCAGUGGGUCACUUUAGCAACACCCUCACUGCAUUCGAACUGAGUGCGCCUUUUCUUCACAAGACCAAGCUCUGGAAAAACAGACUCUGCUAGUUUUGCAGCUGAAGGCAGAUGUGCAUGGCACUGAUUGGCUGCUGCCUGUGAUGUCACUAAAAAGCACAUAUCCACCGCCACCCCAAGGUCCCUUGAACAGAUUUUCAGUUUUUAAAUAAUGUUUCUUUUUUAAUAAUAAUGAAAAACCACACCGCUAGGACAGAACAGUAAAAGAAAGAUGGUUAUCCCUCUGGAAGCCUGAGGGAAGGGAAAAAACUAUUGGCUGAGCUGAUGUUUCGAUUUGCCUGACUGCCGUUUCAGUAGUGAGAAGAUGCAGGGUUCAUCCUGCAGGUCAGAGACUUGCUGUGACAUAUGUUUAUAUCACAUCUGCUUUCAUUCUAAUUUGUAUCAGAGGGGACAGGGCUUCCAGGUGGAGGAAUAUAGCUUUUGCUCAAGCAGUAUGCAUUGGGCAAAAUUAGCAAAUGACAGGCAUAUUAGUUUGCAUGAUUCCGAUUGUGUUUUUGAUCUUCCUUGAGUCACCAGGACUGCACACAGUCCUUGCUAAUUACCAUAUUUUUCGCUCUACAAGACGCACCUAGUUUUUGGAGGAGGAAAACAAGAAAAAAAAUAUUCUGAAUCUCAGAAGCCAGAACAGCAAGAGGCAUCGCUGCUCAGUGAAAGCAGCAAUCCCUCUUGCUGUUCUGGCUUCUGUGAUAGAUGCGCAGCCUGCAUUCACUCCAUAAGACGCACACACAUUUCCACUUACUUUUUAGGAGGGAAAAAGUGAGUCUUAUAGAGCAAAAAAUACGGUAGGUUUGUUCAUCAAGCCAUGCCCCACAGCUCAUGAAAACCCCCAGUCUCUGAUAAAAAACAAAAACCACUUUCUUAACGUCACUCUCUUUUGCUGCCUUGCCAGGUCCAGCCAAUUCAACCCGCCCCAACUCUGCCACAGCCAACCAUAGUCAUUGCAAGCCCACCCCCUGCAUCCAAGCUAGCUUCUGCUCCUGUCCCCAUCACCUGCUCAGAGACUCCGACUGUCAGCCAGCUGGUUUCCAGUAAGCAUCUCUGCGACCCCUUUGGCUUUGGAGGCAGGUGGAGGGGUGGCUGGUAAUGGGAAGUGGUUCACGGUCCAGUGCCCAAUUUGUGUGGCGAGAAAGCAUUGCAACCCACGAUGCUGAAGCUAGGCCAGUCUGCGUCUGGUCACUGUCCAUCUGGGGACCACAGGGAUGUUGCCUUGGGUUCCAUGAUGCCAGAAAGGUGGGAUAGGAAUGUAAUAAAAAUUAAGACACCUGCACAACUCUCUUAGCCUGAAGAAGAGGCUGCUUAGCCUGAAGAGGCCUCUUGUCAGCAUUAGCUUUUAGGUGCUGCAACACAGCAGCAGCAGCAGCCGCACCCUUCUCAGGCUCUUCUCCUGGGUUCCUGCUUUGUGGUGUAAGGUGUCCACGUGUGUGUUCCACUCCUCCGCCAACUGCAGUGGACAGCAUUUGUUGUGUGCUUGGCUGCAGGAGCCGCAACUGCAUAGGGUUAGGAUUUCCCCAUGUACCAUGACAUGGGCAUAAAUUGCAUCUCCUUACUGGUCCGUUUUUUAUUUUUUACUUCUUAGAGCCUCAGCCUCCAAACAGCGGAAGCGACGAAGACGGGAUCAACCUGGAGGAGAUUAGAGAGUUUGCCAAGAACUUCAAGAUCCGACGCCUAUCUCUGGGUCUAACGCAGACGCAGGUGGGGCAGGCGUUGACUGCUACCGAAGGACCCGCGUACAGCCAGUCGGCUAUAUGCAGGUGAGAUGGAUGUUGCUGUUCCCCAGGGCUCCUUCAUCCAUUACAUCUCCACUGUGUCUGUGCGGUUGCCGCGCAGUCAUGGGAUCCAGUAUUGGGCAUUUGAAAUAAAUGGUGUACCUGCCUAUUUCCCAGCCCCUUUGAAUCCACCCUUAAAAUAUAACAGUGGGAUCUCAAGGUAAUCUACUUGCAACCCAUCAAAUAAUGGCCAGUUAUCGGAUGGCCAUGUGCCUUGCAUUCACUCCACGAACACUGAAUCAUCCUCUGUCUCCAGCCUUAUUGGCUUCCCCCAGCCUUAAAAGUACAGUGGUACCUUGGUUCUCAAACUUAAUCCGUUCCGGAAGUCCUUUCCAAAACCAAAGCGUUCCAAAACCAAGGCACGCUUUCCCAUAGAAACUAAUGCAAAAUGGAUUAAUCCGUUCCAGACUUUUAAAACAACCCCUAAAACAGCAAUUUAACAUGAAUGUUACUAUCUAACGAGACCAUUGAUCCAUGAAAUGAAAGCAGUAAACAAUGUACUACAGUCACACAAUCAAUCAAUCAGUAGCUGAAUUACUGUAGGUUCCACACAGUCACAAAAACAAAACAAAAAAGCCGCAAAAACAAAAAUGCAAAAUAAUUAGCAAAAACAGACAGCGUAACACUCAAAAUGGAAGUGUGGCACUCAAAACGGAGCACAUUCAGCUUCUGGAAAACCUUCACACACUUACUUCCGGGUUUGCAGUGUUUAGGUUCCAAGUUGUUUAAGUACCAAGGCAUUUGAGAACCAAGGUACCACUGUAUUUGAAAGUAUUUAAGAAUAUAUAUAUAGAGAGAAAGAGUUUUCAUUUAUACUUUAUUUAUACUGGCUUAUUGAAUAUUUACAGAUAAAUUGCAAACAGAUAAAAACAUUAGCAGGAUUAUUGUAGUAACCUGCAGUUUCAUAAGAGUAUAUAUUUAAAGUAGAUAAUUAAAUGAACAAAUUAAAUUACCGUAUUUUUCGCCCUAUAGGACGCACCGGCCCAUAGGACGCACCUGCAUUUGGGGGGGGGGAAUAAAGGGGAAAAUUUUUAUUCCCCCCCCCCCGGCGUGGGGCUGGGGCGGGGGAAGCCCAAGCUAGCUCUCCGCAAGCCGUGGGAGCCCAGCGCGAAGCCGUGGGAGCCCAGCGCCUCCCCGCUGUCCCCCGAGCUUGCGGGGAUGGCGGUGGGGCUCUCCUGAAGCCAACCCCUCUCGCUCUCCAGGCUUCAGCGAAAGCCUGCAUUUGCCCCAUAGGAUGCACACACAUUUCCCCUUCAUUUUUGGAGGGGAAAAAGUGCGUCCUAUAGGGCGAAAAAUACGGUAAUUUGGAUAUGCAGAAGAUAUUUUAAAAAUUAAGGAACCGCAGAAAGAGGGGGAAGGAAGUCUAACGUUGUAAAGUUAAAUUGAUUGUAAAACUAAUGAAAUGUAUAAACUUGAAAAGUAUUUAAGAAUAUUUUAAAGGAUCUGGGGAGUUGAAAGGUUAAAAUUUAUAAAGAUUGAAUAGGUUAAGAAAUGUUUAAAAGUCCUUAAAAUGAGUUUUAAAAGCCUGUAGGUAACUGCCAAGGAUGCCACGGUGGGGGUUACUGCAAGGCUCCCUUAAAACUGAUUAAUCAUGCUGGCUCCUGGGGGUUGAGGGGGCACAUAAAAGAGCCUUAUCCUUAAUAAAAGAGAAACCAAGAAACCAACAAACAAUCCCAGUCAAACCACUAAAAAAUAGCCUUGGAACUCAGCUGAGCACACCCUACCUUGGCACCAUCUUGAUGGGAAGUCCCCAAAUGGCACUGGCAACCUUGUCAGACCAUCAGAUGGCCAUAACAUCCCCCCCCCCCCACUUUAACAAAAUAUUCCCAUUUUGAGUUCUGCUCUGGGCUAAAGGGUUGGUGCCCCAUAAUGGAGGGGAAGAGCAGUCUAGCCAGGUACAUAGGAAGCUGCCCUCUACUGAGUCAGACCAUUUGGCCCACCAAACUCAGUACUGUCUACACGGACUGGCAGCAGCUGUUCAGGGUUUCAGGCAGGGGACAUUCCCAGCCCUACUCUUGAGACGCCAGGGGGACUCGAAGUUGGGACCUGUAGCAUGGAAAGCGCAUGUGCUGCGCCUUUCAGGUUUCCGUAGGAACUCUCAGUGCUCCUCAAUGGUCCUUUGCUGGUUUUCCAGGUUCGAAAAGUUGGACAUCACUCCCAAGAGCGCCCAGAAGCUGAAGCCCGUGCUGGAGAAGUGGCUGAGCGAGGCCGAGCUGCGGAACCAGGAGGGCCAGCAGAACCUGAUGGAGUUUGUGGGCGGCGAGCCGUCCAAGAAGCGCAAGCGCCGCACGUCUUUCACGCCGCAGGCCAUCGAGGCCCUCAACGCCUACUUUGAGAAGAACGCCCUGCCCACAGGCCAGGAGAUCACGGAGAUCGCCAAGGAGCUCAACUACGACCGGGAGGUGGUCCGGGUCUGGUUCUGCAACCGGCGACAGACUCUCAAAAACACCAGCAAACUCAACGUCUUCCAGAUCCCUUGAUCUGGCGUCAAGCCUCUUGCGUACCCUGUGCGUUGCUGCUGUGAGCACCUUGUGGUGAAUAUUUCCCUGCACCUGCUGACCCUUUUGACAGUAAAGACUGGAGCGGAAGGAGUGAGAUACGGGGUUUCCUCUGGUUUCAAUGUGUCCCGGCCUUUCCCCACCCCUCACAUGACCCAAAUCGUGUAAAUGUCAGCCGUGUCCUUCCUUCCUGAGUGUUGUACUGGAGCUGUGAAGGGUUUUAGGAAUACAUACGCAUUUAGCUUCUUUCUGUGUCAGACAAAACAUUAUCAGGGUUUUUGCUUUCUGAAGGACUUCCUGUGUUUUUUGUUUUUUUAAAAGAUAGCGUUAGGGAUGGCAGCAGAAUAGCACCCACCAGAAAUUCCUGUUUCAUUUCAAGGAGAAUGUGUGAAACCCUAUUUCACUUCAACCUAUUUUCAUGGACACUUUUAUCUCUUCAUAUCUGGUAACAGGCCCAGUUUAACAACAUCUACGCAGAAUAGUGGCAUAAUUUAUAUCUCCUUUUUCUUGUGAAUAUUAUUAUUAUUAUUAUACAGAGCACUAUUAAACUAAAAGACUUUUUAUUCACUGAAGAAAAA